AUUGUGUUAAGACUACACGCCUCAGAGAAGCCAUGAACGGACCCAAUUUCUAUAUUCUGCUUCUUGCUGGUGUCUUGGUCAACGGGCAAGGCGUCCGAUGGGAAAACCAAUUUGACCAGCCCUUACAUUUUAACUGCCCUUCAAAACAAUCCAUCUCUUACAUAAACAGUCAGCAUAACAACGCCUAUGAAGACCGUGUGUGGGGCUUUGAGUGCACAAACACGUUUGUCAAUGAGCCCAUAUGCCACUGGUCUCCUUACGUCAAUAACUUCGACCAGGAGUUCACCUUUGAAUGCCCCAAAAACUAUGUCCUCACCGGGAUGAACAGCUAUCAUUCCAACCGCCAUGAGGACAGAAGGUGGAAGUUCUACUGCUGUCGAGCCAUCAGCUACUGUAACCUGAAGUGUCAGUGGACCCCUUACAUCAACAACUUUGAUGAGGACAUCUCUUGGCAUGUCCCUAGCCAGAACUACCUAGUUGGGGCCGGAAGCUACCAUUCCAAUCCUCAUGAAGAUCGUCGCUGGAGAUACCAGUACUGCACACAGAAGGCAUACUGCUGAUAUUACGGCUGAUUAUUCCAUUCUUGAAUUAAGAUUGCCUAUUGCCUUCUUUCUUGUGUUUCAUUUAAUUAUUUUUUCCAUUGCAUAUUCAUAUCAAGCCACUGAGUCUGAGUAGAAGUAAAAAUAAAUGUUAUAUUUUUGGGG